AAUAAAUCAUUUUAUUAUUGUUUAACAAUAUCUCCAGUGUUAACAUUACAUCAAUAAAAUUAAAAAAAAAAAUUGUGUCAAUUCUUCUACAUAUUUUUUUUUCUUAAUAAAAAUGCCUGUGGCCACAAAAAGUGCAGUAUUAAAUGUAGAUCUUUUGGAAAAGGAAUGGUAUAUAGAAUCACCCUGGGGAAAAAUAGCGGUGAUAGCGUGGGGGGACUGCUUCGACCCCCCCGUGCUGCUCUGCCACGGGCAGGUGGACUCGGCGGCCUGCUUCCGACCGCUCGUGAGACUAUUGCCCAGGGACUACUUCUAUAUCGCUAUGGAGCUUCCAGGGAAUGGCAAGUCAGAUCCAGUGCCUCCUGGCCUGAUGAUGGGUGCCUGGGAUGUACUAUACGCCAUCAAAACUGUAGCUGAUCACUUCAGAUGGGAGAGCUUCAUUUAUAUCGCCCAUUCUUUGGGGACGUUAUUAGGCAAACUCUACAGCGUGACUUUCCCCGGUAGAAUCUCCCUGAUAGUAGACUUGGACCCUACAGCAGCCUACAUAACGGUGCCGCCAUCAGAGCUGCCGAAAUGGUACAAGCAAUAUUUCACCAGCUACUUCGACAAAUACAAGAAACUCACAUCGCCGAGGGAGAAUGCGCCGAAGUACACUUAUGAAAAGGCGUUCUCCAUGAUGAAGAAAAACCGAGGUUUGACAGACGACGCGACGCGAACAGCUCUCGAGAGAAUUCUAGAACCUGCGGGGAAAGGGCUUUACAGGUUUACAUUCGACCAACGCGCGAAAAUAAUAACACUUCCUCCCCUCCCUCCGACAUAUCUCAAAGCUUUAAUGACUUCUAUCCCCACUCCUACCCUGUCCAUCCUUGCGGAAGAAUCUAUUCAAAAUGGCGCAUACAAGAUGGCCGAUUUUGUGUUUGAAGAAGAUCUGAAGAGAAAAUAUCACGUACGGAGAGUGCUUGGAAAUCAUGAUGUUCAUGUUAGCUAUCCAGAGAGAAUAGCUCCGCAUGUUGUGGAGUUUUUGGCAAAAUAUAGAGUGGUAGAGGUGUAAUUAUGAGUUGCGGAGUAAAAUGGAAGUAUUAUCUCCAACUCUGAAUCAACGUCAUUGGCGUUGUCAAUGUUUCCGAAUUUAAAAAGGUGGGCUGGUCCCACUAUCGCCGUCCGGGCUGGUUAUUUACGUACGCCUAUGACAUUAAAAUAAGGGUCAGUUCCCAUCGGAACGAUACUAGGCGUCAUUUUAAAACGACAUAAAAUUUAACGAAAUUUACGUAUUUACAUAACAUUUCCGCCACACCUAUUAGAUAGUUUGCUCUUAUCCUGUAAAAGAUUAAGAUAAAAUUUUAAUCUCUUCCAUUAAAUUUCGCUUCACGUUUCACCGUGGUGUGAAUUAACCCUAUGAACUUAAAGUAAUGUUUUUAAAUCUGUGUCUAAGAAGAAGGUAUGUGUGUAAACAGUUAAAAGUUUCAUAAAACUUAGCUAAUUUUAACGUAACUUAUUUAGCA